CCGAGUCCCCUCUGCUCCUUUUCGUUCUUUCCAUAGCAUAUGCGCAGUGUAGAGAACAAGAGGUACAGGAGAUGGGCAAGUAUCUUAGAAAAGCCAAGGUCUCCGGCGAGGCCGCCGUCAUGGAGGUGUCCCACCACUCCUCCCUCGGCGUCCGCACGCGUGCCCGGUCCCUCGCCGCGGCCACCGCCCAAGACUCGUCCCGCGCCUACCUCGAGCUCCGGAGCCGCCGCCUCGAGAAGCCCCUCUCGCCCCCUCCCUCAUGCAACUCCGAGAAGCCUGGCCCUGACCCGAGGGUGGAUUUUCGGUCACCGGGGUCCGUCUCGACGAGCAGGUGCUCGGCGGUUGCAGCGGAUACCGAGGUGUCAUUCAGGGAGACUAUUUUGGAGUCCGGUGCGAGGGACAGCUAUGAUAGGGAGACCAUACCUUGCAGUUUGAUUAGGGACCGAGAUCCUACAAGCAGAUCUACCAUUUCAGCAGUCACUGUUAAGCAGAGCAGCCCUACUGCUCAUGAGAUGGAAGAGUUUUUUGCUGCUGCAGAGCAACUCCAACAACGAAUAUUUUUAGAAAGGUACAACUUCGAUCCUGUAACCGAGCAUCCGCUGCCUGGCCGGUAUGAAUGGGUAAAAGAUGACUUGUAGAUGGCAGAGCUUUGGCUCGCUGUAACAUAUAGAGCCGAUGAGCUGAUGGGACACUCUUCAAAAGCCAACUUUGCCAAGUUUAUAGGGGUCAUUCAUCUGUGAAUCAUUUCAAUUGUUUCAAUGAUUUGUCUGUGCUUCAUUCUGAUGG